GGGAAGGCUUAUCAGCUACCAGACGAAAAGUACAGCUAGUGCCAGUUUACUCAUUGUUCAUUGUUGUUGCUGAAGUACUUUUUGAUAACGAAAAACCGUAACUCAGAUUCGUAUGUCAAUUACGUAACACUACUGAGUUAAAUUAGACAACAGAAGUCGAUGUCGAAAAAUUCUGGGAAAACUUGGUCCCAAGGGUACCACAUUGUUCCCAGUACUUCAAAAUACUUGGCAGGUGAUCCUGAUUUGAAGCUUGUUGUUUUUGAUACAUCACCCGACAGCAGCAGUGAAGAAGAAGAAACGGGUCCCGAUUUGGAGGAAAAAACAAGAAAUCUUUCACGAGAAGUGAAAUCUCAGAACCAACAACCUAUUGCCACCGAAGAAACCAUACAUUUAAUUCCUCAAUUCAGCACAGCAGCUAGUGACUCUGUUGAUUGUAGCUCCAGUACGCACAAUGACAUUCCAUUGAGUCCAUGUACAAGAAAGGAUAUGAUAGAAUUCUUAAAUUGUUGUAUAGAAGAACAAGUUAAUAAAGAAGAUGAAUGCUGAAGACAAUAGAGUUAUUGCCUUAAUUGACAUGGACUGCUUUUAUGUUCAAGUUGAGGAGAGAGAAAAUCCAGAGAACAGAGGGAAACCUGGCUGUGUUGUACAAUAUAAAAAGUGGAAAGGUGGGGGUAUUAUUUCUGUAAACUAUGAAGCAAGAGCUCAAGGAGUAACCAGGCAGAUGCGAGGAGAUGAAGCACGAGAAAAGUGUCCAGAUUGCAUUCUUUACAGAGUUCCAGAACGGAGAGGGAAAGCUGAUCUCACUAAGUACAGGGAUGGAGGCAAAGAAGUCAUUGAUGUUAUGUGCAGCUUUGGUGUUUGUGUUGAACGAGCUAGCAUUGAUGAAGCAUAUAUAGACAUGACUAUGGUGAUAGACCAAACUCUUCCAGGUUGCACAGCCACCGCCAUUAAUGUUGAAGAGCUUCCAAAUACGCAUUUCGUCGGCUGGGAAAACGAUACGGAUGACGUGAAAGGUGUUCAUGGCUGGUUAAAGGCAUUAUCAAAGGAAGACUCUAAGGACAAUGAUUGGAAACUAACGCUCGGUGCAGUACUGGUUGAAAAAAUGCGUGCCGCUAUUUACGAAAAAACUGGUUUUCGGUGCUCUGCAGGAAUCGCAAACAAUAAGAUGUUGGCCAAAUUAGCUUGUGGCAUCAACAAACCAAAUAAGCAAACGGUCUUGCCAUUCACCUCCGUUCAAGAUUUUUUUACAACUUUCCCACUAAAAAAGGUCAGAAAUCUAGGUGGCAAAUUAGGUCUUACACUAAGGGAAGAGCUUCAAUGCACAACUAUGGCAGAUAUCACUCGAAUUCCUGAGAAGAUAUUGCAAGAACGUUUUGAUACCAAGACGGGGACAUGGCUGUAUUGGUAUGCCCGAGGAGUCGAUAAUGAUCCUGUUAGCUCUCGCAGACUACCUAAAUCCAUUGGCUGUAAUAAAAAUUUUACGGGCUUAGCUGCGUUAGAUUCCGAAGAGAAAAUUAAUCACUGGCUAGAAGAGCUCUGUGCUGAAGUGUCCGAGCGUCUCGAGAAAGACAGGGAAACUAAUUGCAGGCUGGCAAAAUUGUUAACCUUGACGGUCCGCUUAGAAGGUGACAUCCGACCAUACUCUUAUACCCGGUCCAUACCAUUACACUCUUCAUACGACAAAAUUCGUAUGGCUAAAUCGUGUCUCGCAGUUGUGAUGAAAGAAAACCCUUGCAAACAAGGCAAUUCUAAGACUCCGUGGGUUGUUACUUGUCUCGGAGUAUCGGCCAGCAAAUUUGUUGAUCAGCUGGAAAGCAGCUCCAGGAUUGAUCACUUUUUUACUGCAAAGCAAUGUACCAUAAUGAGCAUAGAGAAAGAGAAACUCGUCAAUGAGGAACCUUUACACCGAAAGGAUGGACUGUACGAUCUCCAUGCUGAUCAGGAAGACGAAGAAUUUGAGAUGGCAGAAAUUGACAACACACCGACUGAAACAAAUCCAUUAAAUAUUAUUGCACCGGAAUAUAAUAUGGGACAAACCAGCGCCGUGGACAAAGAAAUUUUUCGAGAAAAUAAAGAAAAAACCGGCGGUUCAAGUUCAGCUUGUCUCAAUGGGGAAAACAAUGAAAAUGUAAAAAAAACAGGAUUUUUUGCUUCCCGUAAUUUUAAGAAAUGUGCACCAAUACAACAUUCAUUUGGAGAGCCCAUCGCACACUCAAGCCAAGUAAAUCCGGCUACCCAUACAACUUUUUCGAUUGAAGAAAUUUUUCCAGAUUUAAAUGAAGUUGACGUGGAAACUCUAGCUCUGCUUCCGCCUCAUCUGCGACGUGAAGUAUUAAAAGCCAUCCAAUCCAAACAGGGUAAAGAAGGAACUGAUAAAUUUGUUGUGUGUGAUAAAUGUAAGGAACAGUUCCUCAAAGAAGAAAUUGAAGAACAUAACGACUUCCAUGUGGCUUCAGAGUUGCAGAAAGAAUUGUCCCUGCAGCCUCCCACGUCUAGUUCCUCUGUCAGCAAUUUGGCAGGCGCAAAAGUAGUUAAAAAAUCAUCCAAGAGGCCAUUGAAGAACCAGAAAAAUGCUACGGCGGAUACAAAACGUUCACGAACCAUUGAAUCCUUUUUCGGAAAUCCCUUAUGAUCAAGGUUUUCUUUUACGACUGAUGAAGCCGUUUUGACUUCGGAUGUCUUUCAAAAUAAUGAACUAA